AGAGCCAUUCAGGACACUUUGAUAACAGUCACUCGAAUGGAGAAAGCCCGCACAGAGUACAGAGGAGCUCUGCUGUGGAUGAAGGAUGUCUCACAAGAACUGGACCCGGACACAUACAAACAGAUGGAGAAGUUUCGCAAAGUACAAUCUCAAGUCAGAGGAACGAAAACCCAAUUUGAAAAGCUGAAGAACGAUGUUUGUCAGAAAGUAGACAUGCUUGGAGCCAGCCGCUGUAAUAUGCUGUCUCAUUCGCUUUGCACAUAUCAGACCACUCUACUCCAGUUCUGGGAGAGGACUGCUCACGCCAUGUCAAAGAUCCACGAAGCAUUCAAAGGCCAUGUAACAUACCAAUUCACAACGCUUAAGGACCUGAGAGACCCUCUAGACCUGAUUUCAGAGAGUCAAGAGGAUAAGAAAGAGGAGGCCUUACAAAGAAACACAGAUAGCUUGGUGUCUUUGGAUGACAACAAGGUACCAGGAAGUGGCUCAGAUGCAGACCGCACCCCAGAUACUCAUUUUGACAUCUUAGCUCCAGAAUCGCUCCAUCCCUUCACUCCACCUCCAGCUCCACAAAGUAUUAGCAGUGUAUCGACACAUCAAGGUGACGGCGACCUUUUGCUUAUGACCUGUGAUGAAGCGCCUCCUCCACUGCUCCCCGAUCCUGUAAACAAGCCCGCUUUGCCUGCCUUGUUGCCCCCUCCCCAGCCCGGACUCCCACAGCAGUUAUGGGGCUUCCAGUCUAGUCAAACACAACAGCCCACCACCGGCCUGAGACAAGAUGAGGACGACACUGAAAAAGGAGACAUGGCAUUCCUCAAAGACCUCCUGAGCCCUGGUCCUGGUUCUUCAGAUGAGUUCACCAAAGAGUGGCAGGAUGCUUUUGGUGUUUUCGACAGUCCCACUACCCCUUCAUCUGUCCCAUCUGGAGCUGCAACAGUAUCAGCUAACAGUGGGGGGGCCUCCACAGCAACAACCAGACCGCCAUCAAAUCCCCCCAGCCCCACAGGCUUUCUGCCCUCACAGCUGCUCGACCACAGUCUCAGCUCCACAGGCUGGGCAACCCCUCCUAUGUUCCAAACCCCACCAAUGCAGCCGCCUACAAGCCAGAGCCACUCAGCACAGCCUCCACAAAGUGCAGCCAAGCCUGGUGCCCCAGGAUCAUCCAAAGACAUGUCCGCUUGGUUCAACUUGUUUGCAGAUUUGGACCCACUUUCCAACCCAGAUGCCAUUGGACGCUCUGCAGACGAGCUGCUCAACGCCUAAACUCCCAAUAUCCAUUUCUACUGAUUCACUGCGAAAGCUAAAUUGUAAAUCCCCAAACCCAUUUUAUCUGCAAAUGACUGUUAACUCUGCACCAAGCUACUAAGUCAUAUGCACACAGGGUUCUUAUGUGAGACUACAGUGUUUAUUUUGGAGCGUGUGGUGAGCUUGUUUUAUUGCUGUUUGCAUUGUUGGGGCGUGUGUCCUUUUGCUUUGUAUACAUUUGUAAAGGUUAUAAGGGAAGGUUACAUGUCCCUAAUUUUAUGUAGUAAUAUAACACAUGCUGUAUAUUGAACAUUGAAUCACAAAUACUUAACUCCUAUUUGCCUAAGCUGCUGCAACUCAAUAUAUGAUGUCUUAAUGUGCCCAUUCGAAAAAGUCCUACAUAUUCAUCUAAUUACCAUAGGAAUUUUCAUAGGUUAAUUAUUUAGGUUUCUAUGGCUAGAAUCUACAUUUGCUAGCUAAAAAUACUACACACCUACUGUUCUAUACCAUCUGUUUUAUAGUGAAAUGUUAAAGGAAAUCAUGUGAAGAAUGAAUUAAUAAGAUUUUUUUUUGCUAUUACUGCUCUACCAAACACUAUUUAAAAUCCUAAUUAUACUAAGUAUUUAUUUCUAUAUUAUUUGGCAAACAUUAUAAGACACUAUUUUUUCAGCUGUGACAUGUAUUGCACAGAAUACAUUUGGGGGGCAAGGGAAAAUCAAUGUUGCUGUUAAUUUCUUGUAAUUAUUCUACUUCUGAUUAGAAACUGCUGUAUCAAAACAACUGACAUUUGUGAAUGUUUAUGCAUCUCUUCACCUUGUGUUUGCUGUAUAUCAAAUAUGCAUCAGGCCAUAUUGAAAUGUCAAAUCAAAAUUUUCUUGCAAUUUUUGGUUUGACUUUAGGAAAUGAAAUGGUUACAAAGAAAAAUAUAUGCGUUAGAUGUGCAUUAUAUAACCUUUCUCUUUGAGUGUCAGCCACCUGCUUGUCUCCAUGGAGAUGUUGUUCCAUGGUAAAGCAUUAAACAUAUCUCUCUAUCUUGCAUUUAUUCUGUUAGAGACAUUUUAUUGUAGAAACCUAGAUUGAAAACAUGCUUUCUUGUUGCGGGCGUCUUUCCACGUGUCUGACCUGCAACUUGGCUUGGCGGCUUCACCUGCUUGUGACCAUGGAGAUCAAUAAGUUUAAUGCUUUACAGAGGAGCAUUCCACUCAAAGCAAUAACAUUACCAUAGAGACAAGCAGGUGGUGAUCUCUCAACCAGAAAAGUUGCAUAAUGCACCUUUAACUGUUGGUCAUUGCUUUAUAUUUUCAGUCAUUGUUUACUUUUGAUUUCAACACUGAAGACAAGAAUGUAUUAUAAUGAAUCACAGACGCUUUAUUUAAUUCAACUAUGCCUUUUAUUUCAUUUAAGGGAUUAAACAUGAAAUCUUGGCAGUUCUGUUUCCAAUAAACUGGACAAGCAAACAA